AAAACCGCAAGCAGACAUUCGCCCGUCUGCCCGCCUGCCUUGACUCUGCGCCAGAAAACCCUCCGCGGCCUCUGGGUACAUACUUUGCUCGGUUCCAGUCAAAAGGGACUAGCCUAAGCACAGGUUACCAGAAACGUUAGGGAUCGACUUGGGCUUGCAAGUUUCGUCGUGGAUGAUUUAGUGUCACCCACUGUUGUGAACUAGAUGUGAGUUCGUCGGUCUGGCAUGAAUCGGUAGGUGCGAAAAGCGGGAGUGUGGUGAUGUUUGCCGCUCCGAGGUGCACGUGGGCGCGGGCCUUCUGUUUCGCCCUGGUCCUGAUGUGGAAAUCCCAGAGCGUCUGCGGCGAGACGACCAAUCAGACGCAGACUUCAGAUCUCGAGCUCAGGGACCCCGAUGCGGGAGACCUCAAGGAUGAUGUCAUUCGCGUCGGAGGACUCUUCGAAUCGAAGCUCUACCAGGUGGUUUUCCAAGCGGCCAUCGACAUCGUCAACGGGGAUUCGAGUGUCAACCUAGAGCCGGACAUCUUACCGGUCGUCGACAUCCUGCCCGAGGACGACAGCUACGAAGCUGUCAGAGAUGCAUGCAGGUUACUCGAGCAAGGGGUGGCGGCCAUCUUCGGCCCAAUGUCUGGGGUCAGUAGCGUGCACGUCAGCUCUGUGUGCGACAGCCUCAACGUGCCCCACCUGGAGACACGUUGGGACCCGUUUAUGGAAGACAGCGACGACUCCAUCAAUAUCUUUCCACACCCGAACAUCCUCGCCGAGGCCUACACGGCUCUUAUGAAAUACUGGGAGUGGAGCGCCCUGGCCAUUCUCUACGAUGAAGAUGAUGCAAUUGUCCAACUAAAAGACCUACUGCAAGAACUGAGGGAGGAUGGCAUCGAAGUCAGCUACUUCUUCAGAAAUAGCAGCGACUCAUUCAGGGACGUGCUCAAGAAAAUAAAAGAAGCGGAAUACGUCAACAUCUUCGUGGCUAUUGAAGAUGAGGAUCUUGAGGUCUUCCUCAAACAGGCCAUGCAGAUUGAAAUGCUCGGCGAGGAGUACAACUAUUUAUUCAUGUCACUGGACUUUCACGUGGCAGAUCUAAGCGACUUCAUCUACGCCAAGGCCAAUAUUACGGCGCUGAGAAUCGUUGACGUGGAAGAUCCAGUAGCCGACAUUUUUCAGAAAAAAAUAGACGUCAUUGAAGCACUUAACAAUCCGUCGCCCGCUCCAGCAGUCACUGCCGGCGACGAAGAGGACGACUAUGAAGGCAACGACGAUGAUCAAGUCAAGUUUCCCAUGAAGUUGGAGACCGAGAACGCCAUGCUGUACGACGCCGUCAAGCUGUUCGCCCUCAGCAUCGCCAGUUGGGGAGGAGGAAAGACCGUUCAACUCCCGUCGAUCAACUGCCGCACAAAAAACGCUGCGGAUGCCACACGCAGUUCGGCGCUUAGGGACAUCAUGAAAAAGGUUGCUUUCGACGGUUUGACAGGCACCGUAAAAUUCGACGAGCACGGUUUCCGGAAAGACUUCCAGCUGUACGUCACCGAGCUCGGUACCGAUGGACUCGAAGAGAUUGGAACGUGGUCCCCGACGUCAGGACUCAACAUCACCAAGGACGAGGAGGAAAAGGGAGAUGAUGUUGUACUUCGUGUAGUGGUAAUCUCUAGCAGACCGUUCGUUAUAGUGAAUAACGACGAGGACGGUUCGCCCAAAUUCAGCGGCUUCUGCGUCGACUUGCUGCAAGAGCUGUCCGCGAUGCUCGACUUCAAGUACGAGCUCCACGCAUCGUACGACGGAAGGUACGGAUCGCUCCAAGAGGACGGACAAUGGAACGGGAUGGUCGGAGAGCUUACUAAUGGAAACGCGGAUUUGGCCAUGGCAGAUCUGACCAUCACAGAACAAAGGGAACGUGUGGUUGACUUCACACUUCCGUUCAUGAGCACGGGCCUUGCGAUUGUCACAAAGAAAGGUGAACCGAUGAGGCCAGGAGGAAUUUGGUCCUUCUUUCUACCGCUAACGCGAGAGGUGUGGGUCUACGUCAUCUUGGCGACGACGUGCACAAUAUUCGUCAUGUACAUCGGCGCCCGUCUCAGCUUCAGAGAAUGGACGCUGGUGGAAGACGGCAAGGGCGAAGAAUGCAUGGAGAAUAGGUUCAAUCUCUUCAACUGUUUCCUCUUCGUGGUCACCACCCUGCUGCACCAGAGGAUCACGCUGGAUCCCAGAGCUCCAGCCACCCGGGUAUUGGCUGGCUUCUGGUACUUCUUCACCUUCAUCAUUCUGGCCAUCAUUGUGAGCAACCUUUGUGAAAGCAUUCUCUGGGAAGAUGAUGGUCCAGACUACGACACCGCCCAGGAACUGCUCCGAGCGCGAGGUUUCACCUACGUCGUCGUGCAUCAUGGGAGCUCGCAGAAGUUUCUCCAGGACUCGAAGGUACCGCUUCACCAGCGUAUAUCGUCCCUGGUGGAGCGAAACUAUCGGAACCUGCCGACAAGCGUAGGCGACGGACUCCAGCGCGUGAAAGAUGAGGACAAGGUCGCCUUCGUCAUGGAGACUGCGAGUGCUGCCUACGCAACGCAGGAGGACUGCAAUUUCUCAAGGACGGACCCUUUCGUCUUUCACUCAGCCUACGGCUUCGCGACACCAAGAGACUCUCCCUACCGGAGCAAACUGUCAGAAGGAAUAUUGAAGCUUCAAGAGAACGGAAGGCUUCAGUGGAUUCAACAGCGCUGGUGGAAUCCCAAGAGAUUUUGCGAUUCAGAAGAAGAGGAGGAUGGAGGACGUGACAACGACGACGAUGUCCACGGAGAGGACCACUCGCAGAGAGAGACGGUGGAGAUACGCCAACUUCACGGAGCCGAUCUAGCUGGAGCUUUUGCCAUUCUCUACAUGGGAUUGAUAAUAGCCGGGCUUCUGGCCAUCGGAGAGCUUUUCUACGUCUUCAGCACAAGGGCCAAUCGGGACACUCAUUUAAAUUCCAUCGCCGUUUCGGACCACAUGAAACAAGCGGGGUUCGUCUGGAAGAGAUCGAUGGAUUUGAGUGAUAUGCGAAUGUAACGGCAGUAAGAAAGUAGGGAUCAGUGAAUCAAUCCAAAUGUGUACCUAUCAUUAAAUGAGCAUACCUGAAACAACCAGAAAGUUUGUACAAUAUUGCGGUCAACAUGAAAAAUAAACAAAUGUGAACUAUUUUGA